AUCCAAUCACAACUCACACGAAGAAAUUUCUGUUCGUCACUUGUGAACUUGUCCGAUCUGAAAAAGCCCUCGAAGGAAAGCGAGCGACGGCGUCUUGUCUCAGUCGCAGGCGACGAGAUGAUCGCCUCCGUCGCCUUCUGCUGCCCUGCGCCAUCCUUCUCCUCCACUGCUCACUGCCCUCGCUCGCUUCCUUCGCUCAAGGUCGUGGGCCGGAAAGCAAAGAAGCCGACAUCGAGGACACUGGAAAGGAGUCGCCGCGAGACUGGAGGGAGGAGGAGAAGCGGCGUUUGCAGGGCGGAGCUCCUCCAUGAUGCCCCUUUCGCCUUCGCUAUCGGCGCCUGUGUGCUUAAUUCGCUUAUAUUCCCGGUCCCGGCCGGCGAGUCGGAAGACGAGGAAGGAGGUGGAGGAAUUGAUUCGACGGAUACGAGGUUCGCCGUGAUGGGAAUCAUCAGCUUCAUCCCGUACUUCAAUUGGCUGAGUUGGGUGUUUGCUUGGAUGGAUAGCGGAAGACAACGAUAUCUGGUCUACUCUAUCGUCUACUUGGCUCCUUACUUGAGAUCGAAUUUAUCAUUAUCACCUGAAGAAAGCUGGUUGCCAAUUGCUAGCAUAUUUGUUUGCAUUCUUCACAUUCAGCUAGAAGUAAGUAUUAAAAAUGGAGAUGUUCAAAGCAUCAAGUUCUUUGAUGAAGCACUAAAACCAUUUUCGCAAAUGAUAAAGAAGAGAGACAUUGAAUCCAAAAGACACCAACACCGCCCCAAGGAAGAUGACUCCAAACACAUGAAAUUACCUUCUUCGCAUGGAUUGAGAGAAAAGCUCAAGGAGUGGGACAACUCUAGGAAAGAAAAUGAAGAGUUAGAGGAUGAAAGGAAAGACAAACAAGGUUAAAACAAGGUGGCAGUGAAUUAACUACUGCGAGUUCCAUUCUUCUUGAAGCGACUUGAUUUUGUUUGUAGCUCGCACAGAUUCACUUUUAAAAUAGCGUUUCAUAUAGCAAAUGAAAUGCUCGAUGAAACCUUGGAUUAUGCUCUUUAUCUCCCUUAUGUAUCGCUCUAGCACAUUAAAAAGUUUUGUUGAAAGCUAAUACCAUCACAAUUGCACUAGGUUUAAAAUUUA